UCACCUAGCAGAUGCUUGGUAGGAACUUCAUGUGUCACAAGCCGGCCACCGUCUGUGCUGCCCAAGACGCCCAAUACAGGGAUUAGUUCUGCCUUUGAUAUGUCGCGACGACAGCGAACAACUCCGUUGGACGCACAGCCCCCUUCAAGCUGGUCAAAGUGCCCUGCGCCUGCCAGCAGACGCAAAGUAUUGAUGGCGGAUCUCAGCCUGCUCUUAAUGACUCAGAAUCUCAGUGUGUUCAGUCGAACGCGCACGCCGUCAAAUCCAACGAGUCCUUCAAGCAUUUCCAUAGGACUAUUCUUUCCCAACUCGACUGGCGCGUCACCUUUCGCGCGGCCACACUCCCGCACACAGUAUCAGCCCUUCACAAACAUUGGGAUCCACUACUUUUCUCCAGACUGGGAUCACCUCUCUUCGGGAGAGUAUUCACCUGACAUGGAUUCAUUUUUUGACUACCCGCAGAAAGGCAACAGCUUUGCGCGCCAACUCUCCUCGUUGCCCAUGCCACGCUCAGCAUCUGAUUCGGACUCUGGCGAGAACGGUCCAUAUUUAGGCUUAGUUACGGAACGGUCAGCAACAUCAUCAACUUUGUCUCUGAAACCUACGGAGCGGCUGGAGGCAUCGCCGAAGGCCAACGCAGAGCUUGGGCGCAAGCUGAUCGAGGCUGAGAGGACACUUGAGAACAGGCUGAAUAUUAAUCAGCAUGACAUGGAUUUGGAUGAGAUGCAGGGGCGCUUAGAAGAACUCAAGAGUGGACUCACCUCUACCAAGCUGGAGGAGGUGCUCCGAACGAAGGGGGUACGUAAUAGAUGAAGUACUUGGACAAUGUCUGUCGACGCGCACAAGGUGCGAUGGCAUCCAAGUGAAACACCUUUAGGUUUGAUGGACAGAUCAGUGAAUCAGGGUUAUCGACUUAUUCUGGACCCAAGAAGCAAG